AUGUUAUAUGAAGCGGCAUCUCGAGGGUAUUGCACCACUGUGCAAGCACUACCUAGUCCAUCGGGGAAAAAAAACAGAAUAGAUCCAACUCCAGGACAGUGCCUAACCAAGAUAUUAAAACCAUCGCCGGAGCUCCAAGAUCACGUUCCAGCAAAGUCUGUGACUUCAGAAUCUGGCAGCGAAUCGGACCCUGAUAUGACUUUUACCCAGGACACGCCCAUUUUCAGAACUAAUCUCAAACUCGACGAUCAUGUUCGCGACAGAGAAGAAGAAGCUGAAUGCCUGGAACGCGACGGCAAAGCCUGUGUUGUGCUUGGCACAGAAAAUCCAAUGGUCAGCCACAUCAUUCCAUGUGCCUGGAACGACACCAAGGAGCAUAACAACGUGACUGGAGACAUCAAGAUGCGCGCCCCUGACUUAUUCAGACUUAAUAUCAACGGUGCCGCUAGUUACGUCUGCAACCCACACGAGCUGGCAUGUAUCCUGUUCACUGCUUUAGUUGGCGCGACAGGCAAUCCAGAAUUGCUUUCGAUUUACCCAGGUGACAAGGUUAUGUAG